AUGCAAGAGGGCCUGAUCCGGGAGAUGCGGAUCGAUCGGAUCAAGCAGGCCCGGGAUGAGGAAGUCUCGAUCGCAGGCAUGAAGAAGUAUCUGAGUGGCUCGAUCGCAGACCUCACGCAAGCCGAAGCAAGAUCGUACGGCAAGGUCGCUGCCGACUAUGAGGCGGAUGACCAAGAUCUACUCUUCUAUUGCACCCCCCACGCUGAGAUCGGGGGAUGA